UGCAGCACCUCCUCCAGGUUAAAGCGUCGCCGAUAGUUGACGAAAAAGUUCUUCACUUGGCCGACUGUCUUGUUCCCUAUGACGUCUGCAAUGGCCUGGAAGUCUUUUCCAUAUUUCCUCACACCUGCGGUGAAUAAGCGUGGGCUCUAGCUGCAGCCAUCUGCCAAUGAACAGGCUGCGGAGAGACGGGCAGGGAGGCAGAAGCUGGUGCUCGUGCAGCGGCAUUUACAGAGAUGUGAGGCGGAGGCAACAGAGCAGGUGUGCUCCUCGCUCCCUUCGGCAGGAGGACGGACAGACAGCAGGAUGGCGGGAGGGCGGCGGGGUCUGGUGGCCCCGCAAAACACCUUUCUGGAAAACAUCGUCCGCCGGUCCAACGACACGAACUUCGUACUGGGAAACGCCCAGAUCGUGGACUGGCCCAUUGUCUACAGCAACGAUGGAUUCUGCAAACUGUCCGGUUAUCACCGAGCCGAGGUCAUGCAGAAGAGCAGCACCUGCAGCUUCAUGUACGGGGAGCUGACAGACAAGGAGAUGAGCGAAAAAGUUCGGCAGACCUUCGAGAACUACGAGAUGAACUCCUUUGAGAUUCUCAUGUACAAGAAGAACCGGAUGCCAGUUUGGUUCUUUGUGAAGAUUGCACCAAUCAGAAAUGAGCAGGACAAAGUUGUCCUGUUCCUUUGCACUUUCAGUGACAUCACAGCCUUCAAGCAGCCAAUUGAGGACGACUCCUCCAAAGGUUGGGGAAAAUUUGCACGUCUGACUCGGGCGUUGACCAGCAGUCGUGGCGUUCUCCAGCAGCUGGCUCCAGCAGUACAGAAAGGAGAGAAUGUUCACAAACACUCCAGGCUGGCAGAGGUUCUCCAGCUGGGCUCUGACAUCCUUCCUCAGUAUAAGCAGGAAACUCCAAAGACGCCGCCGCACAUCAUCCUGCACUACUGCCUGUUCAAGACCACGUGGGACUGGGUCAUCCUCAUCCUCACCUUCUACACGGCCAUCAUGGUGCCCUACAACGUCUCCUUCAAGACCAAGCAGAACAACGUGACCUGGCUGGUGGUGGACAGCAUCGUGGACGUCAUCUUCCUGGUGGACAUCGUCCUCAACUUCCACACCACCUUCGUGGGCCCGGCCGGCGAGGUCAUCUCUGACCCGAAGCUCAUCCGCAUGAACUAUGUAAAGACCUGGUUUGUCAUCGAUCUGCUGUCCUGUCUGCCGUACGACGUCAUCAAUGCCUUUGAGAAUGUUGACGAGGGCAUCAGCAGCCUCUUCAGCUCCCUCAAAGUGGUUCGUCUGCUGCGUUUGGGUCGAGUGGCCAGGAAACUGGACCACUACAUCGAGUACGGAGCCGCCGUGCUGGUCCUGCUGGUCUGUGUCUUUGGUCUGGCAGCUCAUUGGCUGGCCUGCAUCUGGUACAGCAUCGGCGACUAUGAGGUCAUCGACGAAGACGCCAACACUGUGAGGAUGGACAGCUGGCUGUACCUCCUGGGUGAGACCGUGGGGACACCCUACAGGUUCAACGCCUCCGGCUCUGGACGCUGGGAAGGCGGGCCCAGCAAAGACUCAGUCUACAUCACCUCGCUCUACUUCACUAUGACCAGCCUGACCAGCAUUGGCUUUGGAAACAUCGCCCCCAACACGGACGGAGAGAAGAUCUUUGCAGUGGCCAUGAUGAUGAUUGGCUCUCUCUUGUAUGCCACCAUCUUUGGUAAUGUCACCACCAUCUUUCAGCAGAUGUAUGCUAACACGAACCGCUAUCAUGAGAUGCUCAACAGUGUGAGAGAUUUUCUAAAACUCUACCAGGUUCCCAAAGGCCUGAGCGAGCGUGUGAUGGACUACAUCGUGUCCACUUGGUCCAUGUCACGAGGCAUCGACACAGACAAGGUACUGCAGAUCUGUCCCAAAGACAUGCGCGCCGACAUCUGCGUGCACCUCAACAGGAAGGUUUUUAAGGAGCACCCGGCGUUCCGGCUAGCCAGUGACGGCUGCUUGCGAGCGCUGGCCAUGGAGUUCCAGACCGUCCACAGUGCUCCUGGAGACCUCAUCUACCACGCCGGAGAGAGUGUGGACAGCCUCUGCUUUGUAGUGUCCGGCUCCUUGGAAGUCAUCCAGGACGACGAGGUGGUGGCCAUUUUGGGUAAGGGUGAUGUGUUUGGCGACAUCUUCUGGAAGGAGAUGACUCUAGCUCAGUCCUGCGCCAACGUGCGAGCGUUAACCUACUGUGAUCUCCACAUCAUCAAACGUGACGCGCUGCAGAAGGUCCUGGAGUUUUACGCCAACUUCGCAAACCACUUUGCCAGGAACCUGGUUCUCACCUACAACCUGAGGAAGAGGAUUAUCUUUAGAAAAAUUAGUGAUGUAAAGCGUGAGGAAGAGGAGAUGCUGAAGAGGAAGAAUGAAGCCCCUCUGAAUCUUCCUCCCGACCACCCAGUACGAAGACUCUUCCAGCGUUUCCGUCAGCAGAAAGAGGCCAGGCUGGCUGCUGAACGUCUCGGUCAAGCUCCCGCCGAUGCAGAGAAAGGAAUAGUUCCAGCGGAUCAACCCGAGGGUCCGGAGAUCUUGGCCUCGACCAGCAUCCUUAUGGUGACGGAGACCCCGGCGACGGCCUCCACCUCCUCGGCAUCAACCACGUCCUCCACAUCCAGGGCCUUCAGCCGAGCCACAAUUCACACUCCUGCUUCGCAGAAUGGAAACCUAGUCGGCUGCAAGUCUGUGGAGCCGCCAAAAGCCAAGGGUUGGGGGCGGUUCAAGGACACGGUGGUGAAGGCGGAGUCAUGGAGCAGCGUCUCCAAGGCGGAGUCUAUGGAAACCCUGCCCGACAGAACUAAAUCUCAUGACGAAGUCUCCCUCAAAAAAACGGACUCUUGCGACAGCGGCAUCACCAAAAGCGACCUGCGCUUGGACAACGUCUGCGACGUCCGAACUCCGCAGGACAGGAGUCCGGUCCAGUCAGACGAGAAGAGGGUCUUCUGUCCCAUUCCAGAGCACAGCGUUCAGGCCUCCUUCCUUGAGCUGAAACAAGAAUUACGAGGUGACAUCAAAUCUCUGAACAACCGCAUGGAGGCGCUGGAGGGCCAGCUAGCCGAGUUGCUUCGACUUCUGAAGUCGAGGAAGGCGUCAGGAUCUUUCUACGAGGUGUCGCGACUUCCCUCUCCAGACUCCGACAAGGACAGUUUGUCCUAAUCUGAUCUAGGGCUUGGACGUGGACCCAUGUCCUCAGGGUGUUAGAGAUUGUCUUUGGACUGCAGCACCCAGCUUCUUGUCUUGCCACUUGUUGCAUGUUAUGGGCAAUAAUAAGAAUCGGCUUUAAUGUUCUUGUCGUAACAGGACGUCUGCACUGUGAUUACUGCGAUAGCUUUGACUCAGUCUUCUGGAAAGUCUGGUUCUCCAAGUCUGCUUCCCAGAACCUCCGGAUUAGGAUACUUUACACACCGUCAGCACUGUCCGCCGAAACUGAACGUCUUUGCACUUCAAGCUAACAGAUGUAGCCACCUGCGUUAGCAGACUAACUGCUGAAUUCAAUGAGCCAUCGUGUUCUUCCGAAACUCUUUUUUUUUUUAAUCUUCAGGCAGGUUUCUGGGAAUGAACCAGGGUCUAAGAUCAUUAGGUGUAAUUAAUGUACCUGCCACUUGGUGGUGGACCCACAACAAGAGCGUUCUAGAGCUUUCCGGUAGCAAAGGUUUCUUGCAUGUUUUGACUGAGAUUCAGAGAAUUUCGGAAAAAAUCCUGGUAUUGAGCAAUAAAAAAGAGACCACCCUGAGUUUAUCGUCCGGAUACAUAAAUGUAGACAGUGUGUCGGGGUCUAGAUGUUUCUAGCACCAGUAGCUCCUGUUUACUUUAGUGGAAAUGCAGACAAUAAUUUUCAGUUUUCUUCUACCCAUAAUCCUUUGUAAUUCGAGGUGAAUCCUAGUGCUUCGUGAUACCUAAGGUACACAGUUGGUUGGAAAUGCAAUCAUGGUCUACAUUUGAAGGUACUUUGUAGAAGAGAUGCAGACAAUGUUCUACAGCUCCGACUCCCCCCCGCCCCCUUCUGGACACAUGAUGGCAAUGAUAACAUUUUGACGUCUAAUGCUGUAAAACCAUUACAGAAAAAUUGUGGAGUUUAAUCUCCCCUAGAACACAGACUAGCAAGUACGCCCCCUACUGGAUGUUGCAUUUCAUAUCCAAUUCAAUAAAAAGUAUACAGUAUAAUAACUUGCCUUUAAUAUUAUAAUAAAUAUUAUAAGACACCCUUACAUUUACCAUGACAGGAAAAUUAACUGCACUUUAAAACAGAAAUCUCUUCCUGUAACGAUUUCUUACCUUUUAUUAGAUUUUUUUUAUGUUCAUAGAAAUUAUUUAAAAAAAAACAUCAUUCAUCUGUAGUCUUAUUACACUCGUAAUACAUUUUUCCAAAAGUAAUAAAAAAAUCAAUAUCUUCACUUUAAGCCAACCUAAGAAUAUGAAAUAUUAAUACAUUUCUUAUUCCCCCUGAAAUGCACUUCCAUACCACAAGGGGUUGGGAAAGUGUGUUCUACAGUCAAAAGGUAACUUAAGUGAAAAUUCCCUUUUCUCGUCUGAAAAUGGAACAUUA